UUGCAGUGUAGUACAGAUUCGUCCCACUUUAGUUCUAUUAAUCUAAAUCAAACAGUUCGUGCACGGUGGCGCAAUCUUACGUUUAUAAAUGAAAGCGACAAUGCGAAAGCCUCGACAGUUACACGGCGAUGUCAAAGUGUACUGUUUGCAGGAGGAAAUAAAUAGAGGAAAACUAACCAUGGAGAACAGCGUGUUUCGCGUGGACGCUGAUUUUGUGAAAAACGUAUUGAUUCAAAAUUACGGAUCGAGGGACGUCAAGAUUAUGGAUUUACAAGUAUCACAAGGGGUUAAUAGGGGGGAUAAUUUUUUAAGUUCAAUGUGGAAAAUUUCAGCGAGAUACGAAAUCUGUAGAAACGGAGAGAGAGUGCAGGAACGAGUUGAUUGGAUGUGUAAAUUCGCACCUGAGGACGAGGCUAGCAAAACAGCUGUAAAGGAACAAGGAAUAUUCACGACCGAAAUAAAUAUGUUGACUAGAGUAAUACCAAAGAUCGAAGAACUUUUUGGACAAAGAUUGGCUGCGCGUGCCAUUUUUGCGUCUACUGAGGAAUACGAGGUUAUUGUUAUGGAGGAUCUGUCAAAGGAGGGAUAUAUUUUGAAAAAUCGUAUGAUCGGACUUGACCGGGAACAUGUUCUUUUGACGUUGGAGAAACUGGCGAAGUUACACGCAGGCAGUGUUUAUCUUCAUGAGAGCGAACCGGAACUGAUAGAGUCCUUCAAGAUUGGAAUAUUCAAUGAGUUCACGCCAAAUGGUUUUUACAAAAUGUUUCAACUGAGCCUGCUAAAACUUGCCGAUUACUUCGAGACCUUACGGGACGAAUGGUGUCCUCGAGUAGCAAAGAAGAUCAGGGUAGUCGCUGAAAAUUUUGAAGAAAAUAUUAAAAACGUCUAUGCGUACGAUCCCGAUGAAUUUUGUGUGCUCAAUCAUGGGGACUGCUGGGUGAAUAAUUUAUUAUUCAAGGAGACUGAUAGCGGGAAAGCUACGGACUUGCGUAUGGUCGAUUAUCAGAUGUCAAUUUACGGAUCGCCGGCCAUCGAUAUAAUAUAUGUACUUUCGACAUGUCCAAUUAUCGAAUUACGAGGCGAUCACUUUGAAAUCUUUACCGAAUAUUAUCUGAAGGAACUUCGGAUAAAUAUGGAGCAAUUAGGAUGUAAGAAGAAACCGUUGACGAUGGAGGAAUUAAAAAAGUCGAUAUUAAAAAGAAGAAUUUAUUACGUAAUGGCGGCACUGAUAUUGCAUCCACGGAUGGUCGCGGACAAGAGCGAGGUUGAAGAUUUCAGUGAAUUUUUGGAAAGUGGCAUUUCGAAAAUGAACGUAAUGAAAAAUCCGUCUGUGCCCCAAACAUUGCGUAAGAUCGUUCCACUCAUGGAUAAAAUGAAUAUUUUUGAUUAGAUAAUAGAAAAUUCGUCUUACCAAAUUUUUAGUAUAGUAGAAAAAUUGUUUUUUUUAAACCAAUAAAAUUACUGACCAAUAUUCUAA